AUGAAGUCAUCAAGUGGUAUUAACAUUGGCAAUGGUAACAAUUGUACAGAAAAUCGAAAACCGACAACAACUUCUUUUUCGUCGUCAUCGGCAUCUGCUUACAUAAACAAGUGUGUUACGAAGACAAACACUGUAUUAAUAAAAUCAUCAAAUAUCGAAAAAGAUGAUAUUAAACGUGAUGAACAACAAUUAAAUGAUUUUAUUCAGCCAGCUAAUUCAUUUUUUAUAACUAGUGUAUCAAGUUUUCAAUCUGAAGGUUUACCAACAAAUUUUAAAUUUGAAUUAACACCUGAAACAAUUAAUCAUUUUAAACAAUAUCAAACAAAUAUUCAACGUCGUUCACAUUUACAAUGGACUAAACGCCAUGCAUCAUCAAAUUCAAAAAAUCAAAAUCAAAAUACAACUUCUUCAAUUAUAUUUUUACGUUCAACAAUUGAUUUAAACACAACACCAAUGUCAACUAAUUUAACAAAUGAAAAUCAACAUAUUCCUGAUAUUUCAAUUACUGAAAUGACAAAUAAAGAUUUCGAUAAUCACUAUCAACAGAGUAGUAAUCAAAAUAGUUUUGAUCAAACAUUAAAAAGUUCAAGUAUGACUAUUGCCACUAAUGGCAAUAAUAAUAAUAAUAAUAAUAAUGUUGAUAAUGAAAAAGAAAAAGCAUUUAUUGAUCAAGCAAGUCAAGCGAUAUUAAUCGAUGCAAAAGUAAAGAAAACAAUUAAAUCAGCAAGUUAUCAUACAAAAAUUAAAUCAGCAACUAAAAUACCAAAACAACCAAGUGCUACUCAAAUAAUACAACAACCAAUAUUAUCAUCAUCACUACCAAAUCGAACUUUAUCACAGAAUGAUAUAAAUACGACAACAGUACAAAAAUUAACAUCAUCAACUACAAAAAUUGAAGAUAAUAAUGGAGGAAAAACUUUAAUAACAGUAGAUAUAAGUAAAGCACGAUCAAAUCUUGAAGUUGUACGACUAUGUAUUCGAGAACUUGGAUGGAAAGAAUGUUUCACUAAUACAAAUGUUGAUUCUGAUAUCUAUUGGCAUUCAUCAUCAUUUCAUGAAGGUAAUGUAAAUUUUGCAUUCAAUUCAGGACGAGUAAAUAAAUUUCCUGGUAUGAAUGAUUUAUUACGAAAAGUUCAUUUAACUCGUUUAUUAAAUAAUAUGAGAUUAUUAUUUCCAAAUGAUUUUGAUUUUUAUCCUAAAACAUGGUUUCUUCCAGAACAAACUCAACAAUUUAAAGAUGAUGUACGUUAUAUACAUCAACAAGAUAAAAAACAUAAUCGUUCAUUAACAACAUUUAUUGUUAAACCAUCAGAUGGUUCACAAGGUGAAGGCAUUUAUUUACUUAGAGAUCCAUCUCAUUGUAUUGUUACUAAUCGUCAACAUGUUGCACAAGAAUAUAUUGAUCGACCAUUAUUAAUUAAUGGACUUAAAUUUGAUUUACGAAUUUAUGUUGUUAUUCUUAAUUUAUAUCCAUUAGAAAUUUUUCUUUAUGAUGAAGGACUUGCUCGUUUUGCAACAAUAGGUUAUAAAGCUCCAUCAACAGAAAAUCUUCAUCAAACAUAUAUGCAUUUAACUAAUUAUUCGUUAAAUAAACAUAGUGCUAGUUAUAAACAUGCAACUAAUAAACAACAAACUGAUGGUAGUAAACGUAAAUUAAGUACAGUUUGGAUACAAUUAAUAAAUAUAUAUGGGAAUGAAAAAAUUGAACGAACAAAAACAUUAAUUACAGAAAUGAUUAAUAAAACUAUUUUGGCUAUUUUACCUGAACUUCGAGUUGAAUAUGAAUUUGAAUUACCAUUAGGAAAAAAACAGAAUAUAUCAUGUUUUCAGGUAGAAUCAUAUCGAUUUUCAGCUAACUUUAUUUUAUAA